AGUUCAAAAUCCGCUACCCCGUUCAUGUGACCCCAAUAAAAUGCCUUAUAAAAGAGAAUAUUGCUACCGAAAUAAAUCAAAAUUAAUUUAAAUAUACACGUAAGAGUAGUUUCAAUAUAUUGGCUGGCAAAAAGAUGCCCUCCAACCGGAACCAAAAUCCAAAGUGAGCCACAAAACAAACCAGUUCAGGUGGCUGGGUCCAAAGACCAGUUCAAUUAAACUAGUUCACAUUUGAACAGUGCAACUCUAGUUUUUUUUUUUUAAUACAUAUAUGUUUUAAAAACAUAUGCGGAAUCGCGAGGAUAAAACGGAUCUAACCGAUUGCAAAGGAUCAAGGAUAAAGGCGACGUAACAUACGCAACGUUCACGACGACAGCGACGCCGACUGCGACGCCGACAGCGACUGAGCGACCGUGGCGACAAUGGUGUGCCGUGCGUGUGUGUGUGUUUUGUAUCGUGUUGUCUGAUUGUGUGCCGUUGUUGUUGUUGUUCUUCUUCUGGCUCUUAUUGUUGUUGUUGUGCGUGUGGCCAAACGGACGGACAGUGGGACAAAACGACGGACGGAGUGGAUGCUUGCGAUAUCCUAGCCAGGAAACAAUAGCAAAAACAAAGGGGUAAACAGGGUUUCCAUGUCGCCAAAAGUGGGCCUUUGAUGCCCAGGACGAAGGACGAGGAGGACCAGGAACAGGACAAUGCUGCCCAUCAGCGAGGAGCAGCAGCAGCAGCAGCAGCAGCGGCAGUUGGAGCAACUGCAUCACCAGCAGAUCCCGGAAAUUCCCAUAUCCGGCGAUCUGGAGCAAGUGGAGCCCCAGGUGGGCGAUGGCAGCCUGUGGACCGCGCUCUACGACUACGAGGCGCAGGGCGAGGAUGAGCUGACCCUGCGGCGCGGCGAAAUAGUGGUCGUCCUGUCCACGGACAGCGAGGUUUCCGGCGAUGUGGGCUGGUGGACGGGCAAAAUCGGGGAUAAGGUGGGCGUCUUUCCCAAGGACUUCGUUACCGACGAGGAUCCCCUCCAGCUGAACGUCUCCUCCGCCAUCGGCGACAUCCAGCCGCACGAGAUCGAGUACAGCGAGCUGGACAUCAAGGAGGUCAUCGGCUCCGGUGGCUUCUGCAAGGUGCAUCGCGGCUACUAUGAUGGCGAGGAGGUGGCCAUCAAGAUUGCCCACCAGACGGGCGAGGAUGACAUGCAGCGGAUGCGGGACAAUGUCCUGCAGGAAGCCAAGCUCUUCUGGGCCCUUAAGCAUGAGAAUAUAGCCGCCCUGCGCGGCGUCUGUUUGAACACCAAGCUCUGUUUGGUUAUGGAGUACGCCCGCGGCGGCAGUUUGAAUCGCAUCCUGGCCGGAAAGAUACCGCCCGAUGUCCUGGUCAAUUGGGCCAUACAAAUAGCCAGGGGCAUGAAUUAUCUGCACAACGAGGCGCCCAUGUCGAUCAUACAUCGCGACCUCAAGUCAUCCAAUGUGCUGAUCUACGAGGCCAUCGAGGGCAAUCAGCUGCAGCAGAAGACGCUGAAGAUUACCGAUUUCGGUUUGGCCCGCGAGAUGUACAACACGCAGAGGAUGAGCGCGGCGGGCACGUACGCCUGGAUGCCGCCGGAGGUCAUCAGCGUGAGCACCUACUCCAAAUCCUCGGAUGUUUGGAGCUAUGGUGUUCUGCUCUGGGAACUGAUUACGGGCGAGACGCCCUACAAGGGCUUCGAUCCCUUGUCGGUGGCCUAUGGCGUGGCUGUCAACACGCUGACCUUGCCCAUACCAAAAACCUGCCCAGAAACCUGGGGAGCCUUGAUGAAAAGCUGCUGGCAAACGGAUCCCCACAAGCGGCCUGGUUUCAAGGAGAUACUCAAGCAGCUGGAGAGCAUCGCCUGCUCCAAGUUCACGCUGACGCCCCAGGAAUCCUUUCACUACAUGCAGGAGUGCUGGAAGAAGGAGAUCGCCGAAGUGCUGCACGACUUGCGCGAAAAAGAAAAGCGUUUCCAAACCAUCGAAGAGGAACUGCGCAACAAGGAGGAGCAGCUGCUCAGGGUGCAGAACGAGCAGCGCGAGAAGGCGACCCUGCUGAAGAUCCAAGAACAGAUUCUGCGCGAGCGCGAAAUGGUGCUGAUCGAAAGGGAGCUGGUCAUGAUGCAGCCGGUGCCGUCGAAACGAAAGCCCAAGAAGGGUAAAAAGAACAAACCGCUGCAGAUAUCACUGCCCACGGGCUUCCGGCACACCAUUACGGCCGUUCGCGACAAGGCGGAGCAGCCCGGUUCACCUUCCUUCUCCGGACUGCGCAUCGUGGCACUGACCGAUGGGCACAAGGGCAAGACGUGGGGCCCGUCGACGAUGCACCAGCGGGAGCGAUCCCUGCUGCCCCCGCAACUGGGCGGCGGUCAGCCGGAGUGGCCCGCCCAGACCUCGACCCACUCCUCGUUCAGCAAGAGUGCUCCGAAUCUGGACAAGAAGCAGCAGCAGCAGCAGCAGAACCAGCAGCAACAGGUGGCCUCCCUGACGCCGCCGCCGGGUUUGGGAGCUUUGGGUGGAAGUGGAAGUGGCGGCGUUGGUGGGACGCCGGCCACGCCCCUGUUGUACACAGGUAUACCCUAUUUACUAACGCGCCCCAACAACAUUGGCAGUUGUAAAGCCAUCACCACCAUCACAACCACCAACAACACCACCACCACCACCACCACAACCAACAACAACAACAACAGCAUCUCCGCCAACAACAACAGCAAUCAGCUAAAUAAUAAUAGUACUAGUAAUAGCAACAAUAACAGUCAAACUAACCCGACCUCCCAGCAAAACGGCAGGAGCAACUCCAACAGCAGCACCAGCCAAUCGCCAAUAGCAAAGAUGUACCAUCGGGCCAGGAGUCAGGAGUACGGCCUGGAUUAUCCUCCGCCACCUCCGCUCUAUCUGGUAACCGAUGACAGCUCGGAAACGGACACGGUGGCCAGUCCAACCGGUUGCUUUCACUUCCUCAAGUCCGGCCACUCAUCCUCCGUUUCGAAUCAAGUUAGCGGUGCCAGCGUGCAUCUGCAUCGCUUUGGCGGCAGUCUGGGCAACAGUCCCGCUGUCGGCAGGAAGAAACACUCGCUGGACAGCAGUGGCCAUCCUCCGCCGCCGGUCAACAACAGCAUUAGUUUGGCCCUGCCCAAUCAACUGACGCUGCCGUCAGAGGAUAAUAAUACGUACGAUCAUGCCUUCUAUCGGGAUGUCAUCAAGAAGAUGUCCAUGGCCAGCAGCGAACGGGUGAAUUCCAAGUCCAGCGGUGAUCUGACCAUGUACAACUCCAGCACUCCGCUGACGGCCAGAAAUUGCGAUGAUGCCGACGAGGAGGAGGCCUGCGAGGGCGGACGCUUUCAGCGCAACUUCAGCGGCUCGCAGUUUCCGCGUCACUGCUUCUUCACCAGGCAAGAAAACGAUCUAGAAGCAGAAGCAGAAGCAGAUGAGGCGGAGGUGGAGGAGGACUCCCUGGAGGAUGAGGGCCAAGUGCCCGUUAAUCAAAUGCGCCAGAACUCUACGACGUCGCGCAAGAGCUCGGUGACCUUCCAGAGCGUCAGUUUCGAGGAGCCCACGCCAGCGACGACUGCCAGAUCGGAUCUAUAUACAUCCAGUGCUUCCAUAAGCUUCGCCACCUACCGCUCUGCCUCGCCCUCGCUUUCCUCGUCCUCCACAACCGCUUCCGCCUCCGCAUCGAUUGCCUCGUCCGGUGGCGAGAUGAUUCAGGGUGAAGCCUGGACGGCACGUCGCAUGGUCAAUGUCCAGCCGCAUUCCGAUGUCAUCAAGAUGAAGGAAGAUCUGCAGCGUCAGCACAGCAAGAACCAAAGGAAGCACCGGCCCAAGCACAUCACCAAAUCCAAGUCUGUCGAGGCGCCAGUCGAGGGACAAAAUCUAAAUCAGCAUCAGCAUCCCCAUCACCAUCAUCAUCAUCAUCACUCCAAGUUCCGAUCGCUGCUCAAUCUGUUCACGCGUUCGCGCAAAAAGUACAGCAAGCUGGCCGAGCACAACCUGAUGGGUGGAUCCGACUUCAGUGCCAUCGAUCCCUUCCAAACUGACCUGGCCAUCGGCGGCAGCAGUCGCUCUUUAAAGCGCAAGGGCAAGAAGCCGCAGACGCAAUCCUGCGAGCAACUAGAGCGAUGCUGAGGCAAAAUAAGAGCUGUGCUGCUGUUGGAACCGCCUAAUUAGCUCGUUGUUUUAUAUUAAAACUCUAGACUAAGUCAGACGAGAAAGAUAGAAAGAGAACAGACGAAAGAUUAGCCAUAGCUAAUGUGUCAAAAUAGGAGGACUUGGAUGCCCCCCGUCUAACGAAAUCAUUAAACCACCCCCCCUUUCCGAACCGAAUUGUUCCUAACGAAUGCAAUAUGCUAAAUCUACAAGCUACAAACCAGAUUUCCCCAUUAGUCCAGUGAUUUUCCUAAAACGAAAUUGCGGAAUCAGAUUAAACGGAUAGACUAACGCUGCUUAUACGUAGACAUCCAAAAAAUAAAAAAAACAAAACAAAACACCUGCAUGGGCCAAUGGCAAAAUAUUCAACUAAACCAUUUACAUUAAUGUGUAACACUUGGAUUAACCUUAAGUAAACCAUAUUGCUAUAUUUAUACCGAUGCGUAUAGGCGUCCUUACAUUACAUUACACACAUCUUAGUUGAACUAAGUUUAAUUGUUUAGGAACUCCAACACUUUUUUUUGUUC